AUGGCUCCCUCACCCAUUCAAAUUCCCAAACGGGAAGCCAGCCAUCUGUCUGCGACGUUGGCCUCUCCCGGCACAGCACACAUGGCCACCACCACGCUGCGCGUGAGCGGCAUGACCUGGCUCGCGCCAGAGUCCGCCGUUGCGCCAUCCAUCACUAACCCUAAGGACUGUAGUUGCGGUGCAUGCACCUCUGCCGUUGAAGCUGGCUUCAAGGGUCUCGAAGGCGUCGGCAGCGUCUCCGUCAGUCUCAUCAUGGAGCGCGCCGUUGUCAUGCACGAUCCGGCCAAGAUUUCCGCCGCCCAGAUCCAGGAGAUUAUCGAGGAUCGUGGCUUCGACGCCGAAGUUCUCGCCACCGACCUGCCCAGCCCAGUCGUCUCCCGUCACCCGAGCCUCUCUGUCGAGCCGAGCACAAUGGCCACCACGCUUGCGAUCGAGGGCAUGACCUGCGGCGCCUGCACCUCUGCCGUCGAGGGGGGCUUCAAGGAUGUCCCCGGUGUCAAAAGCUUCAGCAUAUCAUUACUCUCCGAACGAGCCGUUAUCGAGCACGACCCUAGCCUGCUUACCGCAGAGCAGAUUGCCGAGAUUAUCGAGGACCGUGGCUUCGGCGCCGAGAUUAUCGACAGCGUACGAGCAGUGCCAGCUGACAAGGCAGACGAAGCGCCCAGCGCCGUCGCCACCACGACGGUUGCGAUCGAGGGCAUGACCUGUGGUGCAUGCACAUCUGCCGUCGAGGGCGGCUUCAAGGGCGUGGAUGGCAUAUUGAAAUUCAACAUUAGUCUGCUCGCAGAGCGAGCCGUCAUCACACACGACGUUUCGAAAAUUACCGCCGACCAAAUAGCCGAAGCCAUCGAAGACCGAGGCUUUGACGCCGCUGUUCUCUCAACAUCUUUUGACGUCCAAGAUGUUGGUGCGGGAACGACCACUGCCCAAUUUAAAAUCUACGGAAACCCGGACGCCACUGUAGCAAAGGCACUGGAAGCCAAGAUCUGCGGACUCGCUGGCGUCAAGUCUGCAUCUCUCAGCUUGUCUACAGACAGGUUGUCCGUUACACAUAACCCAUCUGUCAUUGGGCUGCGAGCCAUUGUCGAGGCUGUUGAGCAGGAGGGCUUGAACGCGCUUGUUGCCGACAGCCAGGAUAACAAUGCCCAGCUUGAGUCGCUGGCCAAGACGCGCGAGAUUACGGAAUGGAGGACAGCAUUCAGAACAUCGCUGUGCUUUGCCAUUCCCGUCUUCAUCAUUGGCAUGUGUCUGCCCAUGGGACUGCCCAGCUUGGAUUUUGGCAAGAUUGCUCUGGUUCCUGGGCUUUGUCUAGGCGAUGUCAUUUGCCUGGCCCUCACCAUUCCCGUUCAAUUUGGCAUUGGCAAGCGCUUCUACAUUUCCGCAUACAAAUCUAUCAAGCACGGCUCCCCUACUAUGGAUGUCCUAGUCAUUCUCGGCACGUCUUGUGCCUUUUUCUACAGCAUCUUUGCCAUGCUGGUCUCACUCCUAAUGCCUCCUCACUCCCGACCCAGCACCAUCUUUGACACGAGCACCAUGCUCAUCACCUUCAUCACCUUUGGCCGUUACCUAGAAAACAGCGCCAAGGGACAGACAUCUAAGGCCUUGUCUCGUCUCAUGUCUCUGGCCCCUUCUAUGGCGACCAUUUACGCCGACCCCAUCGCUGCCGAAAAGGCCGCCGAGGCCUGGGCCAAAUCCAGCGAUGCCACCACCCCCCGCACACCGCGUGCACCGGGCUCCGAGGGAUCUGCGCACGAAGAAAAGUCCAUCCCUACCGAGCUGCUGCAGCUCAGCGACAUUGUCAUUAUUCGACCUGGCGACAAGAUCCCCGCUGAUGGCACCGUGGUCCGCGGCGAAACCUACAUCGACGAGAGCAUGGUUACGGGUGAGGCCAUGCCCGUCCAGAAACGUCUCGGCGACAAUGUCAUUGGCGGCACCGUCAACGGUAAUGGCAGGGUCGACUUCCGCGUCACGCGCGCCGGCCGUGACACUCAGCUCAGUCAGAUUGUGCGGCUUGUGCAGGACGCGCAGACGACGCGCGCGCCGAUUCAGCAGGUCGCCGACACGGUCGCGGGCUACUUUGUACCCACGAUCCUCGUGCUCGGCCUCGGCACGUUUCUCACCUGGAUGGUACUCUCCCACGUGCUGUCGCACCCGCCGCAAAUCUUCUUGCAAAACGCGAGCGGUGGCAAAAUCAUGGUCUGCGUCAAGCUGUGCAUCUCCGUCAUCGUCUUUGCUUGCCCGUGCGCGCUGGGCCUCGCGACGCCCACGGCUGUCAUGGUCGGCACGGGCGUGGGCGCCGAAAACGGCAUCCUCAUCAAGGGCGGCGCAGCGCUCGAGCGUACCACAAAGGUGACCAAGGUGGUGCUCGACAAGACGGGCACCAUUACCCACGGCAAGAUGAGCGUCGCGCGCAUGACGCUCGCACCGGCGUGGAGCGCCAGCGAUGCCCGCAAACGCGCCUGGUGGGCCGCAGUCGGCCUCGCGGAGAUGGGCAGCGAGCAUCCCGUUGGUAAAGCCAUCGUCGGUGCUGCCAAGGACGAGCUCGGCCUCGGACCGGAUGCGGCCAUUGACGGUAGCGUCGGCGAUUUCAAGGUCAGCGUCGGCAAGGGUGUCGUCGCACAGGUCGAGCCUGCGCUAUCUUCCGACCGCCCACGCUACCACGUCGUCGCCGGCAACCUCAAGCACCUCAACGACCACGGCAUCGCCGUGCCCGAGGACGCCAUCGAGGCCGCCGAGCAGCUCAACGUCCACGCUACCGCCGCCCAGUCCAAGCCCGCCUCCUCCAGAAAACCUGCCACCGCCUCUGGCCGCGCCGCGUCCUCUGCCGGCACCACCAACAUCUUUGUCGCCGUCGACGGCCAGUACGCCGGCCACCUCUGCCUCGCUGACACCAUCAAGGACGGCGCGGCGGCCGCCAUUGCCGUGCUUCACCGCAUGAAGAUCCAGACGGCCAUUGUCACCGGUGACCAGCGCUCCACUGCGCUUGCCGUCGCCGCCGCCGUAGGCAUCGACGCCGACGACGUCUACGCCGGCGUCUCGCCCGACCAGAAGCAGUCCAUCGUUCGGCAGAUGCAAGCCACCGGCGCUAUCGUCGCCAUGGUCGGCGACGGCAUCAACGACUCCCCCGCGCUUGCCACCGCCGACGUCGGCAUCGCCAUGUCCUCGGGCACCGAUGUCGCCAUGGAGGCUGCCGACGUGGUCCUCAUGCGUCCCACCGAUCUCUUGAGCAUCCCCGCCGCCCUCGCCCUUACCCGCGCCAUCUUCCGCCGCAUCAAGAUGAACCUCGGCUGGGCUUGCCUCUAUAACCUCAUCGGCCUGCCCAUCGCCAUGGGCUUCUUCCUCCCGAUAGGCCUCCACAUGCACCCCAUGAUGGCCGGCUUCGCCAUGGCUUGCUCCUCCGUCUCCGUCGUCGUCUCCAGCCUGCUGCUCAAGUUCUGGACGAGGCCCCGCUGGAUGGACGAGGCUGCCGCCGAACGAACAGGCGGCUUGCGCUGGCACGGCGGGCGCGGCGUCAUUGGCUGGUUCCGCGAGAUGCUGGCUAGACGUGGCGCUGGGAAAGGAGACGAGGGGUACGUGCCGUUGCGGGAUAUGGACGCGUGA